CUCUAGCAACAAGUAAAUACUAAAGGGUUUUAGGGUUUUUGUCUACAAACUUGACACACACUUUCACAGUCCUUCUCUCUAUCUGCAGAAAAAGUAUCAAGAAAUCAUGACUGCCCAGACUCAAGAAGAGCUCCUCGCUGCCCAGCUUGAAGUUCAAAAGAUUCUUGAAGCUGAUAAGCCUGAGGUUGAGGAUGAAGAGGAUGAUGAUGAGGAUGAUGAAGACGACGAAGAUGACAAGGAUGAAGAUGAAGCUGAAGGACAACAAGAUGGAGAUGUGGGUGGUAGAUCAAAACAAAGCCGAAGUGAAAAGAAGAGUCGUAAAGCAAUGUUGAAGCUUGGAAUGAAAACUAUCCCUGGUGUUAGUCGGGUUACAGUAAAAAAGAGCAAGAAUAUCUUGUUUGUUAUCUCCAAACCUGAUGUUUUCAAGAGCCCAACAUCUGACACAUAUGUGAUCUUUGGAGAGGCUAAGAUCGAAGACCUGAGUUCCCAGCUACAAACUCAGGCAGCAGAGCAGUUCAAGGCUCCUGAUCUCAGUCAUGUCAUUUCAAAACCUGAGACUUCAGCCAUAGCUCAGGAUGAUGAAGAGGUAGAUGAAACCGGAGUGGAGCCAAAGGAUAUUGAAUUAGUGAUGACCCAGGCAGGAGUUUCCAGGUCAAAGGCUGUGAAAGCUUUGAAGGCUGCAGAUGGAGACAUAGUUUCUGCCAUUAUGGAGCUUACCAAUUGAUAGGUUCGUAUCCAAAAUGCGGUACAAUAGAAAAUCUAAAGUGUCAUGUAAUAGAGACGAUCCUUGUGGCUUUCCCGGCUGUGGGUUUUCAAGACAGGUUCAUUUUCAAUUUUGUUAUCUUGUGAUUUCCAUGGUGUUUUCUGUUGUGUUUUAUUAGUAAACGAGUCUGGAAUGCAUCUAUUGGCAGAGAGCUUUGAUUUCCCA